AUGCCGCGCGUCAAGGAUGAGCCAGAGCUCUCGGAGUUCGAGAAGCAGCGUGCAGCAAACAUUGCUGAGCGCGAUGCGCUGCUCAAAAAGCUAGCGCUUGAAGCCAAGUCGGCGGGCAUAUUUACCAAGCCCCCGGCCCCUAAAUCGUCCUCCCAAACGAAGAAGAAACCUACACAAAAGCGAGUCAAAAAAGAAGAUGAACCCCCCGUGCCGCGGCGAAUGUCCUGCAGGCUCAGGGGUCUGACAGCGGAUAGUGAAAUUGCGAAGAGGAAAGCCGAGGAAGACUAUGCAGCGCAUAAAGCAGCUGUGGAAGCAAAGAGGCUACGAGUUUCUGGUGACUUGAACCUGGGGGAUAUUGUUGUGGGGCUGGGCCCUGGUUCGACCCCACGGUAUCAAAGGACAUUUGGGAAAGAGGAUGUCAAGAAUACAACAGACAAAGGACUAAAAGCCCUAAGAGAAAAGAUGAGUGGGCUGGAGCUGUGGGAACCCUGGGAGCCUAAUCGAAUCAAAAUUACGCCGGAAAGGAUAUAUUCGAUGUUGUUCCAUCCCACUGAAUCAAAGCCAUUGGUCUUUGCUGGUGAUAAAGUAGGCAAUCUGGGAAUUUUGGAUGCAUCGCAAACCCCCGAAGAAAACGAAGAAGACGAAGAAGAUGGCUAUGCCGACCCAACAAUUACAACGAUAAAACCCCACUCGCGCACGAUCAGUGCCAUUUACAUCCACCCUUCCGAUUCAUCAAAGCUCUAUACAGCAAGUUAUGACAGUUCUAUUCGAGCUCUAGACCUAGAAAAAUCUGUUGCAACCGAGGCAUAUGCCCCAGCCUCAAUGUCUGACGAUGAGCCAUUAUCCGGUGUAGAUAUGGCGCCAGGUGAUCCUCACGUUCUCUAUUUUACUACCUUGGACGGCUAUUUUGGCCGACAUGACGUGCGAGCGCCCAACAAAUCCAACCCUGGGGGUAAAAGCGCUACCAGCCUCUAUCAGCUCUCCGAAAAGAAAAUUGGGGGCUUUUCACUAUAUCCAGCGCAACCUCACUACAUUGCAACCGCAUCAUUGGACCGGACCAUGAAAGUCUGGGACUUGCGCCAACUUUCUCUGAAACAUCCCAAGCCUGUAGCUGAGCACACAAGCUCGCUUUCAGUUUCCCAUGCUGCGUUCAACAGCAGGGGACAAAUAGCCACGUCAUCGUACGAUAAUACGCUCAAGGUAUACGAUUUGGGCGCCAAGGGUAUCAAGGAUUGGAAGCCAAACCACACGCUGUCCGACGACCUAGAACCUGACACUGUGAUAAGACACAACUGCCAAACGGGAAAAUGGGUCACAAUGUAG